GCGCCGUGGACUCAUGUGAGACAGAAGGAAUUAAAAGAUAAAAAAAAAAAAAAAAAAACAGAGAAAGAAACAGAAACAGAGAGGAAAGAAGAGAAGGAAAAAGGAAAGAAGGAAAAAGGAAAGGAGAGAAGAGGAGGAGGAGGAGAGUGAUCUUCAGCAUGGGUGUGAAGAGGAAAGCUGCUGCUGCAGUCCUGGUCCUGCUGCUGUUCCUGGGAUCACUGUGGCUGCAGGGAGGUCUGGAUUACCACUGGGACUCCUGUCUGAAAGGAUCCAAUCAGAACAACAAGCUCCACCAUCUGUUCAACAGCAGUGAGGCCAACGGGUCGGAGGGACCCCCGGUCCUGGAGGGGUGUCCCGGUCAGACCUUCCAGGCGUCCUUACUGCUGUCCCACCUGUUGGACGCCCCGGCCUACGACUCUGACGUGCUGCUGCAGCCGUAUCUGUCCAGCUGGGACGAGCUAGUCAAGUUCAUGGACGCUCUGGGCCCCAUGGUUGGACUGAUAUCUAAAGAGAUCGUCAGUAAGACCUCCAUAAUCCGUCAGCUGGCCGCCGCGACCGAGGAGGAGGACCCUGAGGCAGAACUGGGCCCAGGUUCACACUCUGUAAACCCAGUGGGCACUGAGGCGGGACCAAAGAGCGGGUCGGGGUCGGAGUCCCCGGCGCACAGAGAAGCCUACCGCUCGGUGCGGUCCAUGAUCUGGGUGGAACUGGACAGGGGUACGGUGGACUUCCACCGUCAGACGGAGUCUGGAUGCCGGACUCUCCUUCGUCUGCAUCGUGCCUUACUGUGGCUGAAGCUCUUCCUGGAGAAGCUGGCGGAGAACGCGGUGGCGGGGGGGCGUCUGAGGAGCCCCUCAGAGCUGUGUCGCGAGGCCUACAAGAACACCCUGGCCAACUACCACUCCUGGUUCGUCCGCAGGGCUGCGGAGCUGGCCUUCAUCGCCAUGCCAGAGCGAGGGUUCUUCUUCAAACUGGUGUGUGUCCAGGACCAGGAGGAACUGAGCGCGGUUCUGACCCGGGUGGUCCGGGCCAUCGAGGAGGUUUAUGACAGGACUCAAAAGGCCCUGGAGGAGAACCACAUGCUGGACCUGCCUUAGAAACUGGACCAAACACCUCUGGUGCUGCUGGACUGUUCCCAUGGUAUCACUUCACCUCUUCCUGAUGGGUCCACGCUGGGGGGCGUGGGCCGGGGAGGGACGG